UGAAGCCAUGCGUUACAUAGUGUACAAUAUUGAGCAUUGUUUAUUCACUUUGAGCAAGCGAUGUGAAAGUUAUCGCACAAUGUCCAUGUAAAAUAAACAUCACUCAGUUUAAUUCGAUUUCUAUAAUUGAUUGGAAUAAAUUCAAAUUUAGAUCGGUGGGCCCGCAGGUUUCGAAUUGCAAUUCGCCGGCGGUGCGUUUGGAUUUUGUAGCUAGAAUAGAAAGUAGUGUUUGCUGAUACGAGCGCACGCAAAAUGGCGGACUACCGUUGGAUGCGAGUGACAUUUGGAUUAAUCUUUCUCUGCUGUUGUCUGUCCCUUGUCAGUCCUGCGGAAUUAAAUCUACCCGUUAGCUCGAUAAGUAGCUGGGCAAGGAAUUUUGGGAAGCGGAUGUUUGCCAUUACGCGAGAAGUCACCAGGUUCAAUGAAUUCUCAAUGAUGGACGUCGAAGCCCAGGGUGCUAAAAUCGACACGAUAGAUGGCAAUAAAAUGGUGCAGGAGCGUGCUAAACGAAUUGAAGACAUGUUGGACUGGAAAGUUAAAGCUAUUGAGUCUCUUGUGAAGAAAGCUGAGGCUGCUUACACUGACUACAAAGCUGCCAAGGAUAAGAACAGCGCUCUUACACCGACCCAAUCCCCAAGUGCCGAUAGUCAUGCAGAAGCCGGCAAUGUGACAUGUUCAGAUAUAUGUCCGGGGUGUCCGAACCCCCAAAGUGUGGUCCAGUAUUAUAAUGCCAAGAAACUUAACGAUUAUGACGCCAACGGGAAGCUAAAGGAUGGUUACUGCGAGCUGUCGUUAAACCCCCUUCCACAUUUCAACUUCGUCAAGGUCAACACUAUGAAUAGUACGGUGCAUGUGCCGACCAAUGUAUAUGACAGGUCCAAGCCUGUCCUGGACGGUGUUGCCUGGUCAGAGAAAUUGGACGCGAUCUUCAGGGAGAACUUCAAAAAGGACAACACACUGACGUGGCAGUAUUUCGGUAGUGCCACUGGUUUCUUCAGGAUCUACCCUGGUGUCUCUUGGAGGGUCAACACACCGGGCUGGAUUGAUUUUUACGACAGCAGAACCCAAGACUGGUACAUCCAGGCUGCCACGUCACCCAAGGAUGUGGUCAUCCUGGUGGACAGCAGCGGGAGUAUGGAAGGACUCCGGAGAAAGAUAGCCAUUGAGACAAUCAAGAAGAUCCUGGAUACACUCAGUGAUGAUGACUUCUUCAACGUCUUAGCUUUCAACAGUACCGUCCACUACCUUGAUGACUGUUUCAAUGGAACUCUAAUACAAGCCAAUGCUGACAACAAGAAGCGUAUCGUCGACAAGUUGAACAUUGAUGGCUACAUCCAGCCCGGCGAUAUGGCCAACUGGGAAAGAGGCCUAUCAAAGUCGUUUGAACUGCUAGAAACGGCGAACAGCUCGCGGAGGCUGUGUAACAGUGCGAUUAUGAUCAUCACGGAUGGCGCUCCUGAACACUAUGAGAACGUGUUCAAGAAGUACAACCAACCUGUCAAGCAUCGUGUGUUCACGUAUCUGAUUGGUCGAGAAGUGAGUGACAAGCGACAAGUACUGUGGAUGGCGUGUAGUAACAAGGGCUAUUACACCCACAUAUCCACGUUAGCCGACAUCGAGGAAAAUAUUCAGAACUAUGUCGAUGUGAUGGCCAGGCCGCUCGCCUUGGCCGAGAUUCACCAGACCGCAUUCACCAAGGCCUACCACUCGGCUUUGGCUCACGAAUCGAAGGAUGGCUUUUCACAUACAGGUGUACCGGGACUGAGGAUGAUGACUUCUGUUGCACAACCUGUCUUUGAUCCAAAUUCGUCAGUGACUGCAGCUACCAAGCCCGGUGAACUGAAGCAAGGGACUCUGCUUGGAGUCAUGGGAACAGAUGUUCCUAUCAAGGAGAUCACUAAGCUCACACCGCUCUACGAGCUUGGAGUGAAUGCGUACCCAUUUGCCAUCACCAAUAAUGGGUACAUCCUUUUCCAUCCAGACUUCAGGCCUACGCUGAAUGGUAAGGAGAAGCCGAACUAUAACAGCGUUGAUCUAUCCGAGGUGGAAAUGCAGUCAGAUUAUUCAGAUGAGUUUGGCUUUCCAGAUUAUAACAUGACGUUGCGACGUGAAAUGGUUGACUCGAAAACGGGUGAAUUGAAAAUAAAGGUCAACAUCCACUAUGAUAAUAUGACAAGAGUGGUUCAGCGAAUGCAUAGUUAUUAUUUUAUUGAAAUAAGAAAGACACCCUUCAGCCUCGGUUUAGCUUUCCCGGAACUUUACGGCAAAAACUUAUUCACAGCAAAAGCCACGAAAAAAGAUUUUGAGGAAAAAUAUUUCAUCAAUAACAAAGACCCAAAAGACCAAGUCCUUGUAAAUAAAAAUUGGGAAGACUACUGCUUCUUAGAAUUCAACCAGACUCUUGAAGAUCCCACCGUGGUUCUUGUCGAAUACUUCAAAAAUGAUACGUUAUACAACAAUAAGUGUAACAAGUGGGGACAGGCCAUGAUUCUGAGUAUGCUGUGGGAUGCUCGGGCAACAGAACAAGCCUCCACGAAAUGGAAAGCUGGAAAAAAAGCCAAUGAUGGGGUGGAAAUGACAUUUUUAGGCACCAGAGCUGGAAUUACCAGAUAUUAUAUUUUCGAUGACACAGUGGACUAUGAGUGGAUAAAGGGGCAGGACAAAACUAUCGAAGAAUUAUACUACCAGCGAGCAGUAGAUAACGUAUACAGUAGUAAUAAAAAAGACAAGGGUUAUGACACCAUAACGUUCAUGGUGCCUCGGUCGAGGCAAGUGGGUAACGACACCCAAACCUCCAUUGUUGCUGUUAUUCCCAUUAUCAUCAAAGUCAAGAAGGACAACAAAGAGACGCCAUUCGGUGUCGUAGGCUUCCAGAUGAGUUUUGAUACAUUUAAGCAGAUUUUUGUCGAGGAAACUAAAACUUGUAAAGCAGGGACGGCUUGUCCCCUCACUUGUGAGAGUGAUAAAAUGAACUGCUAUCUCUUGGAUGAAAACGGUUUUAUACUUUUCUCCAAAAAAGAUACUGAGAUAGGAAAAUUUUUUGGUGAAGUUGAUGGUGCCUUGCUUUCUGAUCUUGUAGACAAAAAAGUCUAUAAGAGGGUAACAGUGUAUGACUACCAAGGUGUCUGCAACAUAUAUGAUAAUAUCAUGUCUGGUGCUAGCUCUUUUAUACUGAAUCCAUUAAAAAGGAUAUUUUCCUCCUUUACCUGGGCGGUACAAGAGGUAGCCUUAUUCAUCAUCCAAUUUAAUUUGUUUUCCUGGUGGAACAAUCGUGGUGCCUGGGCCGAAGAAGGGGAGAUGACGGGAGUUGGGCCUGCUCCUGAAGAUUACUACGGGUCUUAUGGUGGGGAUGAGUACGGUUCGUACGAUUCUGGUUAUGAGGGUUACGAAGACUAUGAACAGAUUCAGAGGGAGUUCUGGCUCCGGCAAAUGGCGUUGCAAGCCAACUUCACCCCCGCCGUAAUUGGCAACACAACUUGUGAGAAAAAGUCAAAUUUAUUUGUGAUACACGAAAGUUUUAACAAGAAAAUCCAAGGAACAAUGUUUAAUUGUCAGUCUUGUAACAAGACAUGGAUGGCCCAGCGCGUCACUAAGACAAAUAUGAUCUUCCUAGUUGCCGAUGGUGGUAUCUGCACCGAUUGUGAAUCUCUCACUGUUAGUUUGACACCCGAAGAAGUUCAAAUCAGUAACCAAACCAUUCUGUGCCAAAAGCUCCAAAUGUCCGUCCACAGAAAAACGCCCAAGGAGUGCCAUUCAUCUAAUCCUCAGGAGGAUUACAAAAACCACUGUGGAAGUGGCCACACCAUCCUACCAUCCAUCAGUCUCCUAGUGUUUCUUAUUAUUUUGGGCUUGACGGCUUCGCACUGAUCAGCAAGAAUAGCAGCAUGUCCCCAGCAGUAGGGUAUUAAGGUACAGGCCUGGAUGUUGGAUAUCGUCCCGAUGUAACAGCAAAAUAAAAGUCUGUUAUUUCAAAGUUAGUUUGAUUCGGCCUCGAAACUCUGUUUUGCUAAAGAUACACCAAACUGAUUUUAACUUUUCAAUCUGUGAGGAGAGCACCCAAAAUUACUAACACUGUGAACAUUUUCACCUCACGAUUGUUUGGCGUAUCCAGUCUUUCCACACUUGGAGGAAAAUUCUAAUUUUCCGCAUUGUUUUGGAGAAACCAGAUUUCCCACUCUAUGAGAAAAAGAUAAUAUUUCAUACUGUGAGGAGUAUCUGACUUUCCCACUCUAUGAGGAAAAUGUACUUUUCCGUUAGAAUCCAGCUUCUCAGCUUUGGAGGAAAACCCAGCUUACCCAUAUUUUUGAGGAGAAUCAUGUUGCAAUAUCAAGGAAAGCAAUGUCGGACCGUACCUACUGUUGCAAAUGUGCUGUUUCACUUAAAGAACAUCCUGGUUUUUCGACCCAGGGGUUUUCUUACGUUUUCAGUUCGGUGAACUUUCUACGAUGGUUCUGUGAACUUUACUACUAUGCAGGGUGCUUGAAUCUGGUUGUAAGUUAGUUGCCCUCAAAAAAUACUGUCAUCGUUAUAUACAGGGUGUUUCAAAAUACUCUUGCCACUUAUCAAGAUAAUUUUAAUUAUUGGUGUUAUGAUUCAGUUUUAGCAUGUGACAUUUGCUGUUGCAGCUUACAGGAGUGUUUUGUUAGCAGCUUUGUACAUGUACUUACUCUUCGUCGUUUUCAAUGGAAAUUACGAUAAACAACUUCCAAAAACCAACUUUUAGUUUCUCGAAACAUUUGCAUAAAAAGUUGAGAGCAAAAUUGCAAAAAGUAUUUUACAAUACCCUGUAUAAGUUGCACAGACCCUGUCUCCCGUUUGAAUACUAUGAAGGUGUUUUUCUGGAUCUGUAAAUACCAGUCAUCUAAUUUAAGAAAUUUGUCGACUUGGCACAAAUUUCAGGGAUGGAUUUAUUGUGAUGAAAUGCUUGCUUACAACUGGUAAAAACUUGAGUUUUUGCAGUGUUGUUUUCGUAACCAUGGGGAACAGGGCCUGUGUGAUACGUCAUUGUCAUUGACUGAAAACAGCUUCAUUCAUAUUAUUCCUCAAAAUAUAUAAAUAGUCUAUCAUCAUGAAUGAAAGUUGAAUCUUCUAUAAAUUUAUAAAUUACUAAAAUAACUUUGUGUGUAUUUAACGAAUGUUUGUGCGUAUGCGCGUUUCUGUCAUGGGUGUGUAUAAAAUAUGUAUAGCCCAUGUGCCUCGUUCGCAUUUUUCAUAUGCGCCAAGUCUUAUAUAUAAUAUAUAUAGUCAUACUGUGAUUUUCAUCUAAAAAAUGCGGGUAUUUGAGAAUCCUAGCGAAUGGUUGGUGGCAGGGCAGUUGAACCUGUCUUUGCGGACACCUUUGGAAGCAAAACAUCCUCCCUAUAUGGACACUGAUUUUGGUCCGAAUUGAUUAUGUUCGUUCAAUUUGACCCCGAAACAGAACCUCUCUUGCUGACUGGAUAUGCUUAGGCCUACUGUUUUAGAAACUGCUACUAACCAUUUUGUCUGAUGCUAGGAUUUCAACAGCCCUUUUAUUUGUCCAACUGCUAUUCAUACUCGGAUCAUACAGAGGGGUAAAGAUCUGUGAGAUUAUAUCGCAGAGGCUAUAAAACAUGUUAAAGUUGUCAAUAGAUAUCAUUUAAAAUCGUUCUACAGUUUACCUAUGAGACACCAACGAGAUAAAUCAAAACUGACCAAAUUUCUGUGCAGAAAUAUUGGAUUUUAAAGACCUCAACGAUUUGAUCUCAUUGGCACUUACUCCUGUGCAUUCCCAGCUCUAGAAUCACAAGAUGGCCACAUUAAUUUGUUUUGUUUGAAUGUUAUAAAAAGACUUUGCCAUUAAUGUUCGUGUCACCAGAUUCGAAUUUCAUAAUUUUAAAUCUUGCUAGCGACAAUCUUGACUUCAUGUCGAUGGUGUUUUCAUACUUUUAGCUGAUUUGUUUUAAUUUAAUGUUAUAUUUUAUGUUAUAUUUUUUACCCUGUACUGUUAUGCAGGGUGUUAAAAGUAGUCUUGGUAGUUUAAUUGCAAUGUAAAUAUUGAAAUAUCUAUGUUUGAAGACCUGUCUAAAGUUCACUUUGGUUCACACUGACAACAAUAGGUGUCGUGGCGGCCAAACUUUGAUCCCGUGCGUGACUACACGCAUGACUACGUCGUGUGGCCCCCUCGUCUCAUUUCAUGUUUAUUGAAUCAAAACCGCAUCCGUUACUAAUCUCAUGGAUCUUGCUGUUAUCCAAAUCAAUGUUAUAAUCGUCUUUGGCUACGUGAUCUGGGAUGGCCGAUUUGUUGAAAUCACUCAACGAAGAUUUUCUAUUGGCCCAAUAUUUACAAUCUACCAACAUGAAUUGGGAUUAGGGGUAUAGCCUCGACGCAAGGACCCAACGCGCCGCGUAGCGGCAAAAUAGCGGAGCUGGCGAAACGGGUCACCGUGACCUUAUCAUGGACCAACACCAACAGCGCGAUUGUGGGGUUGUAACUAUUUUGCUGUAUAUUGUCACGAGGAAAGAAAAGCACGCGACCUUACGCCGACCUAUUUAUGUCAAGUGAUAAUUAGAAGGUAUAUAGUUCAGGAAAUGUUAAUAAAUAAUCAUUCCUUAUCGUCUUUUGAGAGCAUUUUUAAUUGUAAAAAAGAUAUGCCUACGUCACAGUCUCUGCAGUGGUCAUUUUUAUCAGAGUAGUCUCGCGCAGCCAGAAGUUCUUUAUUAUUAGUCGCAUGCCAGACUUUCUUUGUACGAGACGUUUGCCAGCACGAUGUAUGCGGGCAGAAGCAACACUGCGCAAGAUUACCUCGAGCAGGGGCGAAUAACAGAUUAUGCUAAUGAGCAUACCUUCCUCAUUGAGUUUUCCCAGAAUGGUACAUAUCGCGCGAAGCUCGGGACGGCAUGGUUGUCUGUUGACUGCUUUAAUAGAGACUAGGUACUGCUUUAAAGCACAGACACCCCUAUACCCCCUCACACUUAGUAACCACAAACGCCCACCCCUCACUUCUGGAUCCGCUACGCUGGGGACGAAGUAUUGAUCUAUGACGGGGGCUACAGGCAAAGUCACGUGUGAGACUAAAGUUAGCCACCACUACACCUAGUGGUCAAACUCAGAACUUCUGACAUUAGAAAAGAUAGUGCAGGCCUAUAUCAUCAUUUGAAACGUCGAGGUUAAUAUUUUCGUCGGUUAUUUUCUUCAGUCAUCAGGUUUCUUGUUAUCUACAGUUUUGUGUUGGGCCUCCAGUCUGAGAGCUUCACUAUAUGCCCGUGAGGGAGCCAUCAGUGUAGCUACCCUGGUAGACAGGCUUCUAGUUUCUGAAAACAUGCUGGUCAUAAAAUCUGUUGAAUUUGGAUUGUCUGAUUUGAGUUAAAUCGUCUAUAUAGUCUAUGGUACAGAGGUAUUGCAGUGACUUCGUCACAUGGCUUUCAGAAUUAUCCAGUGAUCACAUUUUGCGUAAAUGCCCAGAAACGAGUGAUUUUUGUAGCUGUGGCCUGUGAUCUUUAUCGCAUGAGACAAAAACUGCUCAUUUGCGAUGGUCAUCACAGGUGCCUGCGACAAGAAUCAGAAAUCGGAGCAACGAUCUAUCUCCAUUGAAUUGUCGCCUGUUUUUAUAUCCUAUUGCGAGGCCGACGUUAUCUGCGAAUCCUUUAAUAUUCGAUUCUUAUUAGUUGUGGCAAAAACGGUCUGCUGAUUCUUUGUUUAAAUUUUCUAAAGUUCGUGCCUUAGAUUUUGAACACGUUGAUGUUUUUGCUUUUCUUUCUGCGUUACAUUUGAAUGGCUGUCUUGAAAUAUGAUCAUAUUUAUUUCCAGCUUGUUUUGUAAAUAAGAUGAAUUAAAAUUUUAUGAUGAGUUAUGAUAUUGGUAUCGUAUGAUAUGAAAAUGAGGUCAAAUGAAAACUUGUACAAAAACCCAAAAACAGAUUAGUUCAGAAAAUGUAUGGUUCCCCUAAAGGGCAUCAUCUGAAAGAGCUUUUUGAAGGCUUUCCAAUGAUUGGAUUGGUCAAUUUUAUUUCGGGGGCAGUUUUUUUCCACGCCCAGACUUGGUCAGAGCGUCAAGACAACUUCAAUGUGCCUGAACAGGCCUACCGAACAAGGCUUAUUGUCUCCCUAAAAACCGACCUGAACAAAACUUUGAUUAAUGUGCGGUGCCCAUUUAUGUUCAACAUAAUGUACGUUAUUCAAAUAUUUUGUCAGUUUGUUAUUUUCUGUAUUGUAUUGCUCAACUUUAUCAUAUAAUAUAGUCGAUAAGCGCGCUCAUUCAUUUCAAUGACUAUGAGAAUUUGUCAGUAACCAUCUUUCACACAAUUCUGUCCAGUUCAAUCAAAAAUGAAUCUGCGUUUCGUUUUCUGAGUUUCUAAGGUACUCAUCACCAAGAGUUUCACUGGUUAAUAAUAAAUCAAAUAUGUUCAGAUUUUUGCUGAUUUUGUUGAACUUAUCAAGUGACUUAAUAUAGUAUGUUACCCAUCACACCAUAUCGUGUAGUAAGUCACCAACCAUAGUAUUGAGCAAUCUCUGGAAAUCUGUCAGCUCUGAUUUUUUUUGGGUUUUUGAUUGAAACAACAGAAAGAAAUUGGAAUUGUCUUGCAUUUUUUCUGACACACUCUGUAGACCGAACCAGAUUUUAUUUCUCUGGCCAUAUGACCGGUGUGUGAUGGGCAGUAUUCAGGAAGUUGUCGUAAGCUCUCGGCGGCACUUAUUUGAGCGCCCUCUUUGUACAAAGUGUUUUCAUCAUUUAGUAUCUAUUUUGUAAUAUAGGAGAAAAUAUAGCAACUAAGUUGUAUAUAGAGACUUAACCAUUUAAUAAUGACAAAAAGGAAUGGAUGUAAAGGUAACUGAAAACUAUGUAAUUUAACUUUUUUCAGAAGAUACAAAGCAGUUGGUCACUAAAUUGCCAUUAGAUCUUUGUUAGUUUAAUCUCGAAUAAAUGGUUUUGACUUUCGUCACAUUACACAAUUUUUA